AUGCUAACUGUGUGUCUUGUGCUAUCACAUACUCAGCACAUGAAACUAUGCCUGAAGGAUAUUGUAAUCAAUGCCAACCCCGCUCUGCCUCCGCUCUCACUGCUAGUACUCCAUAGCCUGCUUUGUGAGAGGUACAAAAUACUGUCGGCUGUGCAUACACACUCAUCUGUGAAAAGUGUGCCGGAAAACCUCCUGAAAUGCUUUGGUGAGCAGACGAAGAAGCAAUCGCGACACGAAUAUCAGUUGGGCUUUACGCUCAUCUGGAAAGAUGUGCCCAAACCCCAGAUUAAGUUCAGCAUUCAAACCAUGUGUCCCAUCAAACGAGAAGGGAACAUUGCUCGAUUCUUGUUCUCCUUGCUGGGUCAGAAGCACAGUGCCGUCACAGCAACUCUAAUAGACAGUUGGGUAGACACUGCAAUCUUCCAGCUGAAAGAAGGGAGUAACAAAGAGAAGGCAGCCAUGCUGCGGUCCAUGAAUGCAGCCCUUGGCAAGUCAUCCUGGCUGGUGGGGAGUGAACUGACGGUUGCCAACAUCGUAGCCUGGUGUGCGCUGCAGCAGACAGGAAGUGCCAACACUGUCCCCGCCCACGUACAGAAGUGGCUCAAGUCUUGUGAGAAUCUGGCACCCUUUAACUCGGCUCUCAAGUUACUGAAGUAAAUGCAUGUUUUCUAAAAGGGAGAACCUCAGAUAUUUUCUACAUAUCACUUUGCAACUGGGAGCCUAGGAUAUAAUGUUGUGUGAAUGAAGUUUUA